CCUCUUAUAUCUCACUCUGGUCUCCAACUCCAGCCCCUGGUAACCUUUCUACUUCUCCAAUCUAUUGCUCAAGUUAAUACUACAAGUUGAACUUGUGGACAUGCUGGUUAGGUAAGUUGGUCAAGGCAAUGUGUUCGCCUCAGAUUUGAUGGAUGCCGACAGUGAUUGGAGGACCCAGUUUCUCCCAAGUUCACGGCAAAGAAUUGUCGUCAAGAUAAUGGAUGAAAUAAAGAGGUAUCCUCCCUUCUCCGGGGACGGAUUAGAUGAAAUCAGGAGAACUGCCGCAAAGAUAGAGGAAAAAAUUUAUGAUGUUGCCUUAAGCCAGACGGAAUAUCUACGGACAAUUUCUCUAAAGAUGAUCAUGAUUGCGUCGAGGUCUGAGUCUCUUGGCCGAAUGCGACCAUCAAACCUGAAACGACGUCGCAUCCUUGCUAGAGAUUUGUAACAAGUUUUUUGACUUGGUCUUAUAUAAAAUGUAUCUAUCAAAUAAACAAUCACAGAAACUCAGCAGAAAAAUGAAGUAACAAGAAGCAGUUCCUAGGCUAGUUGCAAAAUUCCUGAUUUAAUUGUCUGUAAUUACUCUAUACUUUAUGCGUUUGGUCAUCUUCUUGAUGUUAUAAUUUUGUCAGUUUG